AUGGAUGAAAUUUUUGCUUGUGCUAAAAAUAUUCUUGUUAUCUGGGCUACUGAUGUCAAUCCAGAAAAUUUACCAGGCUUUCAAAAUAUAAUACAAACAAAAGCAAAACAAGCUGUUAUUGCAUUUGAAAAUGCUGAAAUGGUUAUCGAAUCUAAACGUGCAUCAUCAUCAUUUGAUAUCGUUCUUUUUGGCCUUGUAAGUAAACGAGAGACUCGAGCAACUACUGAUAUGUUAAAUGAACUGUUUCGUGUACUUCGUCCGAAUGGUCAUCUAAUAGCACUUGUCGAACAUACAACACAAUUACAAACAGUUGAUCAAUUUAAAAUGUGUGGUUUUACUAGUUGCAGUCCACUCGAUACGAAUUCAUCAUUUCUAAUCGAAAAUAAAGAUGAUCACGUUAACAAAAUGAGAUCAUUAUGGUUAUGUCAAAAACCAUCAUUUGAUAUUGGUUAUUCAGUGCCAUUACGUAACGGGAGUGACACUCGUACGGGUCAAAUAUCAUCCUUAACAGCUAGUGGCAAAACGACAUGGACAAUGGACGAUGAUGAUUUAAUUGAUACCGAUGAAUUAUUAGAUGAGCAGGAUCGAAAAAAACCUGAUGUUAAAACAUAUGAUUGUGGCACAACAUCAACUGGUGUUCGAAAAGCAUGUAAAAAUUGUACAUGUGGUUUAGCUCAAGAGCUUGAACAAGAAGAACAUACAGAAGCAAAACAGAACGUUAAAUCAUCAUGCGGAAGUUGUUAUUUGGGCGACGCUUUUCGGUGUGCUGGCUGUCCGGCACGUGGUUUACCUCCAUUUAAACCUGGCGAACGUGUUAUCUUACCAAAUAUGGCCGAUGCUUGA